AUGGCGGACGUUGAGAUCAACUUGAAAGCUUUACAAAAGAGACUGGUGCAUUUGCAUUCCAGUCUCUCUACUUUUGAGGGCUCGCCAUCUUCUUUAUUGUUCGUGGUUGGAUCUAGCGACGAGGAAGAUCCUUACAAAAAAAGUACAAUUUUGCACAACUGGCUUCUUGGAUAUGAAUUUCCGGCCACUUUGAUUGCACUUGUUCCUGGAAAAGUUGUCUUCUUGACCGGUGCAGGUAAGGCUAAGCAUCUGACAGGAGCAGUUGACCUUUUCAAAGAAUCGCCAGGUUUGGAACUGGAAUUGUGGCAAAGAAAAGCCAAAGAUGAUGAACACAACAACAAACUAUUUUCUGACGUUAUCGACCUCUUGAAAAGCGUUGGGAAGACUGUGGGUACUGCCGUCAACGACGAGUACCAAGGCAAAUUCAUCGCCCAGUGGAAACCACAUUGGGAUGAAGCCGUGUCGAAGGGAGAACUAGAAGCUAUUGACGUUGCUUCGGACCUGUCACGCGUGUGGGAAAAGAAAGACGAGCAAGAAAUUGCAUUCAUCAAGGUGUCAAGUAAAGGUAGUGACCAAUUCAUGAACUUGCUGUCAGACGAAAUGGUCACAGCAGUGGAUGAGGAACUGAAAAUUACGAACGCCAAGCUUUCAGAUAAAAUCGAAGCCAAGAUCGACGACGGGAAGUUUUUGAAGAAACUGGCUGGUGAACUGGCUCCGCUGUGUCCGCAGGAUGAAAAAUUUGACGUCAAUCUUUUGGACUGGGCCUAUUCUCCAAUCAUUCAAUCCGGUAAAAAAUUCGAUCUUAAAGUUUCCGCUCGUUCCAGUAAUGAUCAACUUCAUGGCAAUGGCUGUAUUCUCGCAUCUUGCGGUAUCCGCUACAAGAGCUAUUGCUCCAACAUCACCAGAACGUUUCUAAUUGAUCCAACAGAUGAAAUGACUGCCAAUUACGACUUUCUGUGCAAUGUGCAGAAUCAAAUUAUCACAACCUUCCUUAAAUUCGGUAGCACUCCCCAACAGGUGUACGAGGCUACAGUUGAUUACGUCAAGGCUCAAAAACCACAUUUGGUGUCCGCUCUUACCAAGAACGUGGGAUCUUUAAUCGGUCUAGAGUUUAGAGACUCUCAGUUCGUCUUAAACGCCAAAAAUGAUAAGAGAAUAAUCUCCAGCGGCGACUGCUUCAACAUCUCUUUGGGAUUUAACAACUUGAAAGAUUCGAAUACCGGAAAUACUUAUGCUGUUCAAAUUGCAGACACAGUGAUGUUGAGCGAUCCCGACGGCGCAGCUGCUGUGCUUACAAGCUACACAAAACUGAAGGCUCAGGUCUCAUUCUAUUUCAAUAACGAGGAGGAGGAAAAGCCAGUCAAGGUAAAGAAGGAAAAUGAUCUUGGCUCUCCCCCAAUUUCGAUCAAACAAGAUGGAAACUCUAAGAUUUUGAGAUCCAAACUUCGUGGUGAAGGCCGUGUUCAGGAGGAUGGUCAGAAAGAGCAGAUUCGUAAGGACAAUCAGAAAAAGCUACAUGAAAAACUCCAGAAAAAUGGUCUUCUCAGGUACAGUGCAGCAGACGCCAACGGUUCGGGCGAUCAGCCACAAGCUCAGUUCAAAAAGUUCGAGUCAUACAUUAGAGACACUCAAAUUCCAAACAGUGUUCGUGAUCUAAGGAUACAUGUGGAUUGGAAAAAUCAGACUAUUAUUUUGCCCAUCUACGGUCGUCCUGUUCCUUUCCAUAUUAACUGUUACAAGAAUGGUUCUAAGAAUGAAGAGGGUGAAUACACAUACCUUAGAUUGAACUUCCACUCUCCUGGUGUCGGAGGUGCCUCAAAGAAGACUGAAGAACUGCCAUAUGAAGACGCUCCCGACAACCAGUUUGUGCGGUCUAUCAGUCUGAGAUCCAAAGAUGGGGAUCGCAUUAGUGAGGUGUUCAAACAGAUUGCAGAUUUAAAAAAGGAAGCCACGAAAAGAGAUCAAGAGCGGAAACUCCUGGCCGAUGUCGUUGAACAGGCCAAACUGGUGGAAAAUAAAUCCGGAAGAACCAAAAGAUUGGACCAAAUUUUUGUCAGACCUAGUCCUGAUGCAAAGAGAGUGCCGGGUACAGUCUUUAUUCAUGAAAACGGUCUUCGCUACCAGUCCCCAUUGCGUACUGACAGCCGUAUCGAUAUUUUAUUUUCAAACAUGAAGAACCUAAUUUUUCAACCAUGCAAAGGCGAGUUGAUCGUCAUCAUUCAUGUCCACCUAAAAAACCCAAUCCUCAUGGGUAAAAAAAAGAUUCAGGACGUCCAGUUUUACAGAGAGGCCUCUGACAUGGCUGUUGAUGAAACCGGUACUGGUAGACGCUCUAACAUGAAGUUUAGAAGGUAUGGCGACGAGGACGAAUUAGAGCAAGAACAAGAAGAGAGAAGAAAAAGAGCAGCUUUGGACAAAGAGUUCAGAUAUUUUGCGGAAGCUAUUGCUGACGCUUCGGAUGGUUUGGUGGAUCUAGACACAACUUUCAGAGAAUUGGGUUUCCAAGGUGUGCCCAGCAGAUCUGCCGUGUUUUGUAUGCCUACUAGAGAUUGUCUAGUGCAACUGGUGGAACCUCCUUUCCUUGUGAUAAACUUGAGCGAAGUGGAAAUCUGUGUUUUCGAGAGAGUCCAAUUCGGCUUGAAAAACAUAGACAUGGUGUUUGUUUACAAGGACUUUGCGAAACCAGUCACUCAUAUCAAUACUGUGGCCAUAGAAGAAAUUGAGUUACUCAAAUCAUGGCUAACAGACGUUGACAUUCCUUACGCAGUGUCGACGAUCAACUUGAAAUGGUCGAGUAUCAUGAAAUCCAUGCAGGAAGACCCUCAUCAAUUCUUCUUGGAGGGCGGUUGGUCUUUCCUCGUUGCCGGUUCUGAUGACGAAAUGUCAGAUGAAAGCGAAGAGGAAAUCAGCGAAUACGAGGCUUCUGACGAUAAUCCUUCCGAUGAAAGUGCUGGUUCGGAAGAAGAUAAUUAUUCUGAGGACAUGAGCGAUGACGCUAGUGGCGCCAGUGGCAGUGAAAGCGAGGAAGAAGAAGGUGAAGACUGGGAUGAGCUUGAGAAAAAGGCAGCCAGAGCUGAUCGCGAGAAUAGACAGAAUGAGUAA